GCAGAAUCUUGUCGCAGAAGCGAUUCGCAGACUUGUUUCAAAGGCAAGUGAGAGAGAUUAAAAAAUGGAGAAUCGCGAAGAUCUUAACUCGAUUCUUCCAUACCUUCCGCUUGUAAUUCGUUCGUCGUCGCUGUACUGGCCACCGCGCGUGGUGGAGGCGUUAAAGGCAAUGUCUGAAGGACCAUCUCACAGCCGAGUUGACUCAGGAGAGGUUCUAUCGCAAGCUAUUUCCGAUAUGAGACGAUCCUUAUCUUUCUCAACUCUCGAGCCCUCUGCUUCUCAUGGCUACGCUUUUCUCUUUGACGAAUUGAUUAAUGAGAAAGAAUCAAAGAGAUGGUUCGAUGAGAUUAUCCCAGCAUUGGCGAGGUUACUCCUACAGUUUCCAUCUCUAUUGGAAGUGCAUUUCCAAAAUGCUGAUAAUAUCGUUAGUGGAAUCAAAACAGGUCUCCGUUUGUUAGAUUCCCAACAACCUGGCAUUGUUUUCCUCAGCCAGGAGUUGAUUGGAGCUCUUCUUGCCUGCUCUUUCUUUUGUUUGUUUCCGGAUGAUAAUAGAGGAGCCUUUAUGAAAGUUAUAGUCAAAAUUCUUCCAGCUGAAUACCACAAUUCCUCUACCGCUGCUCCCGACACUGAUUUCUGGAGCAAGUCUGACGUUUCUCUUUGUGCAUUUAAGGUUCACUCUUUUGGGUUAAUUGAAGAUCAACCUGACAAUGCUCUGGAAGUGGACUUUGCGAACAAGUAUUUCGGAGGUGGUUCCCUAAGUAGGGGGUGCGUACAGGAAGAGAUACGCUUCAUGAUUAACCCUGAAUUAAUCGCUGGCAUGCUUUUCUUGCCUCGCAUGGAUGACAAUGAAGCUAUAGAAAUAGUUGGUGCGGAAAGAUUUUCAUGCUACACAGGGUAUGCAUCUUCGUUUCGGUUUGCUGGUGAGUACAUUGACAAAAAGGCAAUGGAUCCUUUCAAAAGGCGAAGAACCAGAAUUGUUGCAAUUGAUGCAUUAUGUGCCUUGAAGAUGAGACACUUUAAAGAUAUAUGCCUUUUACGGGAAAUUAAUAAGGCACUAUGUGGCUUUUUAAAUUGUAGCAAGUCUUGGCAGCACCAGAAUAUAUUCAUAGAUGAAGGAGAUAAAGAAAUUCAGCUUGCCAGAAACGACAGAGAUUCUGGUCCUCUGCGUACAGAAACUACUGCGUUACACGGAACUCCACUAAAUGAUGUCGAGAUUAAUAGAGAAAAGCCUGCUAACAAUCUUAUCAGAGAUUUUUAUGUGGAAGGAGUUCAUUGCGAGGAUAAUGAAGAUGAUGGUGUCGCGACAGGGAAUUGGGGAUGCGGUGUUUUUGGAGGAGACCCAGAGCUUAAGGCUACGAUCCAAUGGCUUGCUGCUUCCCAGACUCGAAGACCAUUUAUAUCAUAUUACACCUUUGGAGUAGAGGCACUCCAAAACCUAGAUCAGGUUACCAAGUGGAUUAUUUCACAUAAAUGGACUGUUGGAGAUCUGUGGAUCAUGAUGCUUGAAUAUUCUGCUCAAAGGCUCUACAAGCAAACCAAUCUUGGCUUCUUUUCGUGGCUGCUUCCAUCUCUAGCUACCACCAACAAAGCUGUCCAGUCUCCUUGACUCUGAAAAUUCGCCUUUAUUAACUUGUUUGAUGCAUUAUCAUGCUGUAUCUAUGCAUUUUCCCACAUGGAUAUGUAAAAAGUGAUUAUUUUCGUCUUACAAGCUUGAAUCAGUUGUAAUUUCACCGGUUCUUGACCUCAAGCAUAAUUCGUUUAGUGAGCUUGGCAUGCUGAUUUAUGGUUUUGGUGAAAUGUUUGAAUCAGUCUUUGUUUAAAUGAGACAAGUUCUUUUUGUAUUAUCAGUUGAAAUUACAGGGCUAUUGCUGGAAUCUUCCGGGAAAAGUGUAUGGUCAGCAACAUUAUGUUGUCAGAGAAAAUGAAUUUGACUAGGUCUCUCUGGAAAACGUGUUCCUCUGUUUGACUUUGGUGCCAUCUGUUAUAAAGAAAAUCAAAUGGGUUUCUUUUU